AUGAUGUACGGCCGAAACCGGUCGGAAAAUGGUUGGAACUUGGAAGUAUGAAUCCGAUGUACAGACCCGACGGUCGCAUUUUCCCGGUUCCUGCCGAAACCAACCAUAACUGGCCGCCGGACACGAUCAUCGUAUUCCUGCUUCCAAGUUCCUACCAUUUUCCGGAGUGUUCCGACCGAAAACGACGUCGUUCCUACGGGUUCCGGCAGGAAAAGUCACGGAGCCGGGUGCCGGAAUGAUCGACCUGGACAGUCGUUAGUAUUUAGCCAAACUCUCCGCCCC